CUACCACCACCCGAAUAACAAAUACGUUACUUAGUUUGAUUACUUAGCAGUCGACUGUUGUGAUUCUUGGAAAUCGAUUUGAACACAUUCUAGAAUUAAUAGACACACCAAUUUUUAAAAAAAGAAAUUCGAAUUGCGUUCGAUUUUUCAAAUACGAAUUAUUUCUUUUUUAUUGGAGACGCUUUAUUGUGUUAAAUUUAUUACUGUGAAAAGAAUAUGUCAAAAUUAGUGAUUAGUGUUGUUUUCUUGUUUUUGAUAUUUAAUGUCGUGAAUGCGAAGAUAGUAAACAAAAGAAAAUGUCCAGAAGUAAGAGCAGUUCCACAUUUCGAUUUGACGCAAAUGCUUGGAGAUUGGUACGUGGUGGAAUACUACGCCAGUGCUGAAGAAGCUCUGUCAUACAGUUGUAUGAGAGCAGUAUUUACCCAAGACGACCAUGUGCCUGCUACCGACGGUUCCGUAGAAUGGACGCCAGGAGUAACAAUGAACUUCACAUACCGUUUUGCCGAUGACCCGUUGGGUGAGAACCUCCUCGGUAACAUAACUUGGAAAGUCGAUUUGAAUGAACCAGCUCAUUGGACACAUGCUGAAAGUACCUACGAUGGAAUCUACAACACGUAUGUCCUGGAUACAGAAUAUAAGACGUGGGCACUUUUACUUCAUUGUGCAGAACAACGUGAGGGCGCGAGGUAUUUGAGCGCCUUCAUACUAUCUCGGAAAACUACCCUACCUAAGAACGUUAUGGCUUAUCUAAGAGACAAAUUACCGAGGUAUGACGUGGACGUCCAAUACGUGUUCCCGAUCUCUCACGAUGUCUGCUCAUCCAAGCCUGCCAGACCUGAUUACGGCCCCAUCCUCGUUCAAGUGGGCAACAAGCCGAAGACUGAUGACGUCAGCUACAAUUUUACUUUUGGUCAAUAGACACUACAAUCAAAAAUACUCUUUUUGCAAAGUUAAAUCGACCGUACGCUUCAAUUAUUUGGUCACUUGAUUCGUGUGGUAAAAUCUUCCUAAAGAGACUAUGAACAGAACCGUGAACUGUAAAGUGCAUUUGGAAUAAUGCAGAUUUUACGAAAAAAUAUUGCAAAACAAAUUAUUAUUAUGUCAAAAAAAAACAAAUCAUAAAUCACAGGAGUGCCACAUGGUUCAUAUUUUUAUUUUUGUAUUAAUUUUCUUAAUGUAAAAAAAUAUUCCGAUAUUUUUUUCAUGGGAACAAGAAGACGCAGUUUUAUACAUUGAGUCGAACUUAAAUCCUAAUUGUCAAACACAACGUGCACGCCUUUACAUUGUUACCUGUGUA